AUGGCCGAUCUUACCUGCACUGGAGCAGAAAAAGACGUAUCUGUUUGCCAAUCUAUAGGCUGGGGAAGUCAUAACUGUGGACAGAGGGACGACGUUGGUGUUGAAUGCCCAACUCCCGUUAGGCUGGUAGGUGGAACAAAACCAUCGAAGGGCAGACUUGAAGUAUAUCAUUCUGGAAGUUGGGGAUCAGUUUGCGAUGACAACUUUGACCUGAAAGAUGCAGCCGUUGUAUGCAGAACGCUUGGAUUCAUGACAAGCCAUCCGUCGGUAUAUCCCGGUGGCCAUUUCGGUCACAGCACUUUAUCUUCAAAAAUGGUUGAUCUUAAUUGCACUGGAGCAGAAAAAGACGUAUCUGCUUGUCAGUCUACAGGUUGGGGAAGUCAUAACUGUGGACAGAGGGACGAUGUUGGGGUUGAAUGUCAGACAGGAGUUCGCUUAGUUAAUGGUCCCAGUCCAUCAAGAGGAAGAGUGGAAAUAAUGUACCGCGGACAAUGGGGAACAAUUUGUGAUGACAGGUUUGGCCAGGAAGAGGCCGUAGUAGUCUGUAGAAUGUUGGGAUACCAUAACUCGUAA